AUGACCUCUGAACCUGGAAUGGUUUGGACUCUCCUAGAGUCGUUUGCUCUGUCGAAUAAUUAUAAAUAUCAGCGAAAGCCUUUAAGCAAAGAUUUCCCAGUUAACGAGCGCAACUUUAACUGGUCCGAUUAUCGCCUGUCACUCUCUGUCAUGCAACACAUCCAGAGUCACGCAACUCACUGGAGAGCGACCUGUAACUAUGAGAAGGAUGGAUUGAUUAAGACAGACUUCAUUCAAGGAAGUAUACAGGUCUUUGAUGUUCUGAAGAAUCACGACAAUGCUUGUUUUCGUGUAGAUUAUGCCAAUGUGCGAGACAUAAGUUGCACGGACUGCACAAUAAACAUGAGACAGUAUUUCCAUCGGCAUGUCAACGUCGAUAGUUAUUUGGGCACUAGAGAUGGAUGUGAUCUUCAGCUCAAUACAGCCACAAGCAAGGUAAUUGACGGCAAUUACUGUGAAAAUUUUGGAUAUUACAACCACAUUAAUCCACGUCACCGAUGCAGCGCUGAUUCAUCCGCUACUACCCAAUGGUGGAUUGGAGCAAUUGCAUCAUAA